AUGAAUCGUCAUAUCUUCCGUCGCUUGAUGCCCAAGUCAGUGGCUAACGAUGGAUCUCAACUACGCGAUCAUCAGGCCAACGAGCGCACUUUCCUUUCUUGGAACCGGAUGGGACUAGCUUUCGCAGCAAUGUCACUUGCGCUCGCUCGACUUGAUAUCAUUGACAACAUCUUCAAUCGCAACUCCCGCGAGGAGGCAAUCAAUGUACCUAAGUCAUUGACACAAGCUGUUUCCCCAGCAAAGCCUUCAAAUGAGGCCCAUUGUACAGCGACAGAAAAGGGACCACUGGUCCUAAUUGGCAAUACGAGCGAUCGUGUGGCUAGCCGAGUUUGCCAGGCUAUCAGUAUGUGGUCAUUUGGAUAUUCAUUUGUUCGAUACGUGACCACUCGACAAAACCUGUUGAAAGGACGCUUUGUCCCUGCAAUCUGGGGGCCUUUGUUCAUUACAUGUGGUUCUCUCGGUGUUUUUGGCAUUACUCUGAAGCUAGAGUAA